AUGUUACCACGUAUUAUGGACGAACAAGCGUCCAAAAGUAAAGCAGAUUUAAUACAACCAAAAGCUAACAAUAAACAGCAAGGACAGCAAUUGGCGGCUUUAUUAAGAGAAAAAUUAGAUUAUGAUUAUGAUCUUUUUACUGGUCAACGUCAAGAUAUGAAUCGUCCAAAUAGUGCUCCUCCAACUCAAGUAACUGAUCAACCAGGUCGUUUUGAUCCUGAACUCGAAUCUGCUUCUUCAUCCGAUCCACGUCUGGACCCUGAAUAUCCGCAUUAUUAUUAUGCAAAUUCUCGUCUUGAUCCAAGAUUACCUCCCCCUUUAUAUCAACCUGGCCAAUCAUGGCAACAAUUAUGGACUGGUAGUAAUUUAGGUGUGGGUGGUAGUAAUGCUGCGUCUCCUACUGCUGCUAAUCCUCCAACUACAAAUGCUGGUUUAAAUUCAAAACCAAAUGGUUUAAAUAAUCCUUCUCAAUCUACAAAACCAAAAAUAUUAGAAAAAUUUAGAGGCAUGGAUUCUGAUGAUGAAUUUUUACGUGAUCAUCCAUUGGAUCAAAGCACCAGCAGUGCUGCGUCACUUUGGCGUAAUGAAUUAAAAUCUCCUCCUCUUCCAACACAAGGAAUAAUUAAUGAUCCAAAUGCGAAUAAAAGAAAAAAUUUAGAUUUCCCAAGAACUCCGUCACCGAUGUAUGCAUUACAACAAGCUCAGCGUCAAAGACAAGCUGCUGCUCUAGCUGAAGCAAAUGCAAAUGCAAAUGCUGUUGCUGCUGCCAUGGAUUUAACAGACGAGUUUGAUAUAAAUGAAUUACGACAUUUAAGUUUAGAUGAUCAACUUAAUCAUUCAUCUCACCAUUAUUCAAAUGCUCCUUUACGUGGUGGAGGUGGUCCAGAUGACGACGAACAUCUUAAAUCGGUGGUAAGCGCUGCUUUGGAAGGUGAAGAUUUUGACCAUAGAUUGACUGGUCCUUUUGGAAGAGGAAACAAUUCACCACCUCCAUUUCGUCCAAAAUUCUCACCGCCACCUCGUGCGUCAUCGACUCCACCUACUCAGUCUCAUUUCCGUCAACACAGUUUAAAUUUUUCACAGGAGUUUCAUGGUGAUUUAACACACGGUGAUCUACUUUAUAAUAUGAAAAAUAAUAUGGAUGGAUCUGAUGAAUAUGAAGCACUACAGAGUGCAUAUCGUCAACAGCAAGCAUUAAAACAACAACGUCUAAAGAUGCAUCAAGCUCAAUAUAAUUCAUUAUUUAAUGAUAAUUCAACAACCGGAUAUUCUUCUCAAUAUGGAUUUGAUCCUUACUCAUCAAUAUCAAUGUGGGAUUCUCGUGAAGAUAAUUUACUUAACAGGAAUAUACUUUCAAAUGACUCCCCUUAUGGCCGUACCACUUCAUUAAGUGGCCUAAGUUCAACACGUAGUUCUGUCGAUUAUCAGAAAUCGCUACAACAGCAACAACUUGGUGCAAUUGGUGUAGGCCGCUCAGAACAAUUACUACCAUCUGAUUAUGCACUUUCAAAAACCAGUGGCCAGUACUAUGGAUCAUCUAGUCUUAGCAAUUCUAGUUUGGGUUCACUUAGUGGUGGCAGUGGAGGUCCAGUACUUACCCGCGCUUCACUCGCUGAAAAAAAUUUACCUGAGAAUUUGUCCUAUUUAAGUUAUAAUAGUCGUCGUAGCCAUGAUUUAAGUUCUAGCGUUUCUGAUCCCGGCCAUGGUAUGCGAAGUCAAUUAUUGGAAGAAUUUAGGAAUAAUAAAAAUAAAAAAUACGAGUUAAGGGUUAGAAAUAUUGUAGAAUUUAGUGGUGAUCAACAUGGAUCAAGGUUUAUUCAACAAAAAUUAGAAACAGCCAACAGCGAAGAAAAACAAUUAGUUUUCGAUGAGAUACUUCCAAACGCAUUACAAUUAAUGACAGAUGUAUUUGGUAAUUAUGUAAUUCAGAAAUUCUUUGAACACGGUAAUCAAAUGCAAAAAACUAUUUUGGCAAAACAAAUGGAAGGACAUGUACUAUCUCUAGCAUUACAAAUGUACGGUUGUCGUGUUGUACAAAAGGCUCUUGAACACGUUUUAACUGAACAACAAGCCACGUUAGUUAAGGAACUUGAUGGAAAUGUUCUCAAAUGUGUUAAAGACCAAAAUGGAAAUCAUGUGAUCCAAAAAGCUAUUGAGCGAGUUCCAGCUGAACAUAUUCAAUUUAUAAUCAAUGCUUUCCAUGGACAAGUAUUUACUCUUGCCACCCAUCCAUAUGGUUGUCGAGUAAUUCAACGAAUGUUUGAACAUUGUACGGAUGAACAGACGAAGCCACUGUUAGAGGAACUUCAUAGGUACACGCCAAAUUUAGUUCAAGAUCAAUACGGGAAUUAUGUAAUCCAACAUGUGUUGGAACGUGGUAAAGCUGCAGACAAAUCGAUGGUUGUAGCAAAAGUUCGUGGAAAUGUUUUACAAAUGUCCAAGCAUAAAUUUGCCAGUAAUGUUGUUGAGAAAUGUGUUGCUUAUGGCAGUAAAAGGGAUCGUCAAUUAUUAAUUGAAGAAGUUAUCAUGACUAAACCCGAUGGGUUAGAUCAAUAUGCAAAUUAUGUAGUUCAAAAAAUGCUUGAUGUGGUGGACGGUGACCAAAGAGAUUUACUCGUGGCAAAGAUUAAACCACAUUUACAAUCUUUGAAGAAAUACACAUACGGAAAACAUCUUAUUUCAAAGGUUGAAAAACUUAUGAUACUUACAGAAAAUCAAAAAAAUCAAAAUGGUACACUUACAAACAACAUCACAAAUUCCACUGAAAAUCUUUUAGCUGGAAAUAAUUUGACACCAUCAUCAGGUGGUUCUUCAAUAAAUUCCGAUAUUAAUGACGUCAAUAAUAAUUUGGAAUCAUCUUAA